AUGUCAGACGACAUGGAGAAAGAAAUGGAUAGGCUGCUAGAAGAAGAUGUUGCACGGGACACCAAAAUGGACGAGGUGCAGCAAGAAUUGGCGCAGCUCAGAGCAGAAGUGCUACAGCUAACGCAACAGAACCAGCAGCAGGUCCACAGAGCAUUUCGUUUGCUCAGUGCUAAUAACAUAUCGUCAGUCGCCGCACUACCACCUAUUGAGUUUGAUGCUGUCAGUGCAGCUCAAGAGAAACGCUGUCGAGAACGAGCUCCACCAAGCUAUGAUGCCACCCAUGCCAACACGGGACAACCACCAGAGAGCAAAGCGGAUGGAAUCGCAUGUCAAGCUAAAGUAGCUUACGAUGUCAAAGUCUGUCUCGGAAAACUGCGUGCAGCUAGAAAAUUUAACACGGUCCGCAAACCCUAACAGACCGCAGACUCUGCCGUAUUUGCAAAAGGCCAGGGCACUUUCAAAGAUGACAGGGAUAGGCAACGGAAUGAGCAAAGAUUUGCGGAAAAUGUCCAGUCGGUAGGGUUUACUAAGAAAUCCGUGGUGGGUACAGGAUCCCAGGUAAGCAUUUUGCCAGUGCAAGUGCUGCUGGAUGCAGCCAAGUCGGGUUUUGAUCUAGACGCAGACGUAGAGGAAGUGAAGGCGGAUGACAAGAUAAACAUCUACGAUCCUUCUGGUCGCAAAAUGGCAUUCAAGGGUGCUGUGAGACUCAGCCUUGCACUGCAAGAAGAACGCUCACGACGAGUAGUGUUUUUCGUGAAACGAGGGAACGACAACACAAUCGUGCUGGGGACAAACGUAUUACGUGCAAGGUUGUGCAGGUUACAACCGUUGCUGAAGCCAGUUGCAGAGAUGAAACGGAACUCUGUGAGCGUUCAGACGCUGUGCAGUGAUUCUGAGAAGCGGGCUGUCGCCCCUCAGACCGCUCCUUUUCCAAAGAGUAAUCCAAGGAAAAGUUCAUCAAAAGGCUUCCCGCGUGAAAGGGUGAAGGAAAAGAAACUGGUGGAAAAGGAAGUAGCUAAGCCACUCAGCACUACCAUAGCCGCGAGAGUGUACUUGAAACCGGGUGAAACUAACCAACGCAACGUCAACGUCAACAACACCGCCAACAAGGACGCCACCGCAGUGAAAAUAGAGAAAAGAAAACAUCGAGGAUUCCAAGCGUACUAUGCAAAAGAUGUGAAGCAGAAACGUCACGAAGUUGAAGAUGAAGCAAACAAAUCGCUGUCGGAUGUAAAAGCCUUUUUUGCUAUUCUCGCUUGCUAG